AUGCGAGAUAAGAAAGUGAUCCAGUUUGAGACCUUGAGACAAGAGAACAAGACUAUUGCAGAGUAUGAGGCGCAAUUUGCUGAAUUGGCCCGCUUCGCACCACAUAUGGUUGAUACAGACUAUAAGAAGGUAAGAAAGUUUGAAGGUGGAUUACGGACUGCUAUUCUCGAUCGGAUCAAUGUGCUGAAAUUACCUACGCAUGUUGAUGUGCUGGAAAGGGCAGUAAUCACUGAAGGUAAUAUCGCCACUCAAAGCCAGGUCUCAGAAUGGAAAGGGAAAAGACAGAAUACCCAAGCCUCAAGGGGUUCGGUGACACCACCAAGUAAGAAACUGAAUUCGGGAACCUCUAGUACAUCCGCCUCUACCCGUGACUCUGCACCAAUUUGUCCAGAUUGUGGAAAGAGACCGUGGGAUUUGUUAUCGGGUAAUAGGGGCAUGCUUCAAGUGUGGCAAGACAGGUCAUUUGGCCAGAGAAUUCCCAAAAAAAGAUCGACAGAAUGGAAAUAG